GAUGGUGGCGGCAGUGGCGAUUUUCUCCGCGUUGUGCACGGUGGCACUAUAGAUUCUAGGCACUAUAGUGGCACGGUCACAGGAGGCUGUGGCACGGUAAUCCGCUAUGUCAAAAGAGUACAGUUGGUUCUUUAUUCUGUGAGACUACACUAUAUCGUGUUCUGACGAAAUGCACGCUAACAUGCUUUGUUCAUGAAGGCAUUGCAGUAUAUUUUUAGACCACGGCGAUCGGCAAAAACUGCGAAAAUACUUGGUGUCUUGAUAUUUGUCGGAGUGCUUAUUUUUCUAGCUCAGCUGUCUUUUCCGGGAUGCGCAAACUCCGAUAUAGAAGCUUUCUUGGACAAUAUCUGCUAUGCUUACAGAAAAGGGAAAAUAACCGGCAACCUGUGCGCCCAGUUCUGUUCGGGAGAGAUAUCGAAGAUCCAGUGUCAGACUCGGCACAUCGGCAAAGACAUUGUCUUCACUGCCCUAUGGAACUUCGAGCCUAUUGUUGUAAAAGCGAAGAAACGGCUGAUUACAGCUUUGGAACCUGUCUAUUGGAAGGAUGGAAGCAGGAACAGUCACUAUCCAGACAAUGACACUUUCAUCCGUAUGGUAAACGCGCAAAUCAACUAUAUUUUUAGGCGCAACUUCACGUGGGUCGAGUCAUUUUACGGCAAACAAUUUAGCAUUGCUGAAAUGAACAGUGUGUACGCGCUGCUCCAGCAAACAGAAUACCUGUUUAAUUUGGCGCUUCAGGGCCUUGGUGUGGUCCCAAAAAUAUUUGGAACAUGUGGUCAUGCGUAUGCUGUGGAGUUCUUGUCAUCGUUGGAAACGCGUUUGUCACCGGAGCGUAGUGAUAUCUCUGGUUUUGGCUUUAAGGAUCGUGCCAUGAUAGCGCUACGUAUAUUGAAGACCGUGGAUGUGCUGGAGAACGCCAUGGGAGAAGAAAUUCAUCAGUGCGAUAUGAAGUCCAGCCAUUUUGGUGUCGACGCGAAAGGUCUCGUUAAGAUGCUCGACUUAGAUGCUUUCGGACUGCAUUCGACCGUGCAAGCAAACAUUGCCAGUUCAGGACACUGUGAAGUUGACAGAGACUGUGAUUUCUUCGAUUGUACUGGUCGCUGUAAUGCACAGGGCCAGUGUGACCCUGCUGUGCUCAAUAACAACCUGCAGCGAAUUUGCAAGAACAUCUUUUUGGGAAAUCUCUUCGGUCGGUAUACAGGCCUCCUUAGAAGCCCACCCUCAGGCAUUGCUACAGAACUAUAUGCGUUGUUAAAUGAAUGUGGUGGCACUUCUAGAACACCGCUGUCAAGAAACCGUAGUAGAGUGAUCAAAGAAAAAUUUGUGGAGCUACUACAUUCUGUUUUGGUGCUCUGAGUGCUUCAUGAGGUGUGAAUUGCUCAAGUUGGCUUAACACCGGAUGAAGCAGUGUGGUCAACUCGGUGAACUUCAUUUUAUUGUGAAGGUUUACUUAGCCAUACUUUAUAAUGAUUGCAGACGGGCAUGACGACUCAGAACCAUUACUUGGCUAUGAGGGACACCAUAGUGAGCAGCUGCAGAAUAAUUUUGCCCUCCUGGCACUCUUUAUUCUGCAGCCAACACUUCGUUUACAAAUGUUUUUCACAUUGCACAACCAUCAAGAUGCAGCGAAGGAUCGAACCUCCAGCAUUGUGCUCAGCAGCUGAAUGCCAUGGUCACUUUGCUGCUGUGGCAAGUGCUCAGUAAUGCUGAAUUUGUGGAAUCCAUCUUUUAAAAACUCUCUCUCUUCCUCCCUUCAUGUGGUAUUUUCACUGUGGCCUGCUCCAGGUAAAAAAAGACCAUUUUUAUUUGUUGCGCUAAUUGCUUUCACAACUGUAAUGUAAUGCAUGUGCAUCUUAACAUUUGGGUUUCAUGGAAGUGUUGCUAAUGGCAGGAAAGAGGCAUGGCAACCAGUAAAGUGGAUGCAUUUAUGGACAAAAAUUUGCAUUGUUUACUAAAAUUCCGUUCACCGAGUUGUUCUGUGUCCUGGUGCAUGUACUUUCAUAUAGAAUUAUACUGCAAUGACGUAGAUCUCUUUGAAUCAAAGAUUUUUGUUGUUUUAACUUAACAGUGCUGAAGAACCUUGUCAACUCAGACACCUGUAACCAAGUUGUAGCCUGUUAUGUAAUGUCUUGUUUUGACUUGUUUUCUGAACGACCUUUACUCGUGGAUAUUGCAUUUGUGGUCAUGCAAAUACUUCAUUUUGUGAGAAAAUGGGCUGUUAGAGCUUACUAGUCAGCAAGUAUGUCUUAGUUUCGUUACUGCCUACUUAUUUUUGGUUGAACAAAUGUUGACGAUGGCUUUUUUUAUCACUCUGUAAUGAAGUCAUAGCUAAAGUACAAUGUCGUGAAAACUUGGUCACAUUCCAUCGAGGUCCGUGUUAAUAAAACUUUUUUUACUACCGA